AUGGACUGGUUGAUGAUCUUCCCUUCAGAUUUUAUGACUUCAACGAUCUGCCUUCAGGUCAACUGUCUGGAAAAUGGUUUUAAAAGCGGUCCCAUCCGCCUUAAAGGAGAAUGGGAAGGUCAAGGCAGACUUUUUGGAAGUGGAGAUUACAACUGGGAGCUCAAAAACGUGAGCUUAAAGAUUAAUGCGAGGGGAUGGGCACCAAUUGACGGAGCCUCGAAGAUCACGGUGUCCAAUGUCAGCGUGGAGAUGUCGCACGAAAAUCACUAUACUCGUCAGGGACUCAACUUUACAAAUAUGACGAGUGAGCUGUGGUCAUACAAUGGCACUUUGGGAAUGCACGUCCGUCCUUACAAUUGGCGCCAGGUGAUCCAAGAUCAUCGUUUUCUUUUGGAGGAUUUCUUUUAUAAUGUUCGUUACACCCGACCUCCUUACCAAGAUACGUUCAAGGACUCUGUAGCAAAACAGUUGCAGUGUGUUCUCAAUUACACGCUAAAUAGUUUCUCCUACAACCUCCGACCAGAAACACUUAGCAGCUGCAAUAAUUAAGCUACUGCCUUCAUUGAGAUGUUCCAAGUCAGGGGAGGGUCUGGUGAGUGAAAAUUUCGUGAAUUAUUUAAAUGUACUCUUGUAUUGAGAAUUUCUAAAAAUUGUGAAUUUUUAAUCUACACGACAUAUUAUUUGAUGACGUUAACCGAUGUGGAGUCAUCCAAAAUCGACGGUUUAUCGGAAUUUGAAGGGAGAAUAGAAGAAUAAAUAUGUAAAUAUAUAUA